AUGGAGAUCUACCAAAUGAACCUCGCAGGGCUUCUCGCCCUCUGCGCCGCGCUCUUCGUUGCCCAGCGCAACUCUUCAACCUCGGCUGAAAGCAAGCCUGAAGAGAAGGAUGAGAAGAGCAAAGCAGCAGCAGCAGCAACAUCCCAAGCCCGCGAGGCCGCAAAGGCCUCUCAGAGGGCGUUCUUGAUCGUCUACGCCCUGGUCAUGGGCGCAGACUGGCUACAGGGCCCCUUCCUCUACUCGCUCUACACAGACGAGCACAAGGUGGCGCCCUCGACCGUCUCGACGCUCUUCACGACGGGCUUCGUGUCCGGCGCCGUCAGCGGCACCUUCGUCGGCUCCCUCGCCGACAGCCGGGGCCGCAAGGCCGUCUGCAUGCUCUUCUGCCUGCUCUACUCGGGCUCGUGCCUGCUGACCAUCCUUCCCGGCGGGAGUCUGCCCCUGCUCUUCCUGGGCCGCGUGCUCGGCGGCGUCAGCACGAGCAUCCUCUUCAGCGUCUUCGAGACGUGGAUGGUCGCCGACGCCAACUGGCGCGGCGCCGCCGCCGGGGGGGACCUCUCGCGCGUGUUCGGCCUCAUGAGCACGACCAACAGCGUCGUGGCCAUCGCGAGCGGCGUGCUGAGCGAGUGGCUCGUCGACGCGGCGGGCACGCGCAAGGCGCCGUUCGCGGCGAGCGUCGUCCUGCUGCUUACGGCGCUGUGGGUGAUUAUGGUCAAUUUUCGCGAGAACUACGGAGAAGCAGCAGCAUCACCAGCAGACAAGGAUGCCGACGCAUCCAAAAGCGCGUCUGGCGGCGGCGGCGGAAAGACGCUCAAGGACGUCCUCACGGACCCGCAGAUCCUGUCCCUCGGCCUCGCGGGCACCAUCUUCGAAGGGUCCAUGUACCUCUUCGUCUUCUACUGGACCCCGGCCCUCAAGUCGGCGGCGGCAGCAGCCUCGGCCUCGUCCGCCGCCGACCUCCCCUACGGCAUCAUCUUCGCCAGCUUCAUGGCCGCCGUGCUCGCCGCCAGCCUGGCCUUCAACCUCGUCAUGGGCCGCGGACUCGUGCGCUACAGCUCCCUGCUGCUGGGGCUCAUGGUGGCCUCGCACCUCGUCUUCUUCGUGCUCGCGCGGGAGCCGCAGCCAAAGCAGCCCGAGGACGGCGGCAGCGGCAGCAGCGGCAGCACGGAGCAGCGCACCUUCUGGCUGUUCUGCGCGUUCGAGGCCUGCGUCGGCGCCUACUGGCCGUGCAUGGGCUACCUCAAGGGCCGGCUCGUCGGCGACGCCGUCCGCGGCCGCGUGUACGGGCUCAUGCGCAUCCCGCUGAACCUCUUCGUCGUCGCGGCGCUGCUCGUCUCCUCCUCCUCCUCCGGCGCCCACGGCGCCGUGUUCAAGGUGUGCUCUAGCCUGCUGCUCGGCGCGUCCGGGGCGCUCAUGGCCAUGGUGCUCAACCAGGAGGGGUUGCCCUGA